CCUCCCUCAACUAAAUCCCGCCUUAUCUUCCCGAAGUGAACUCGGCGCUGAUGGAGGCCGCGACCAUUGCCGCCACCUACCCUGUCAGCCCGUUCUUUGGAAGCCCUCACUCUCGUCCCUAUGUGAGGGGUUUCCGCUGCUUCGGCCUCUCGAUUCCUCUCUCGCGGCUUUUUGCUGCUUCCAUGAAGUAUCGAGAUCACCGUAGACAGGUCGCCACACGGAGCUCCGGCGAACGGAUAACCGCUCAGCCUUCAUCAGAGCUCCGGAGGAAGAACACUGGCGGAAUUGGGGGCUCCGAGGACGAGAAGCUCAGAUCCCUCCGAGCGCUCUUCUCGAGGCCGGGGAUAGGGAUCGACGCCUACAUCAUUCCCUCUCAGGACGCGCACCAGAGUGAAUUUAUUGCAGAAUGCUUUAUGAGAAGAACCUACCUAACAGGCUUUGAUGGUAGUGCUGGAACUGCUGUGGUGACCAAAGACAAGGCUGCCCUUUGGACUGAUGGCCGCUAUUUUCUUCAGGCGGAGAAACAAUUAGGACGUGAUUGGAUUCUCAUGAGAAGUGGAAAUAUUGGUGUUCCAACAACUACUGAGUGGCUGAACGAAGUAUUGCCGUCUGGUUGCAAAAUUGGUGUUGACCCUUUCCUGUUUUCCUACGAUACAGCAGAGGAAAUGAAAGCAGCAGUUUCCAAAAACAAUCAUGAGCUGGUCUUUGUAUAUGAUUGCAAUCUUGUGGAUGAGAUAUGGAGAGAAUCAAGACCAAAGCCUCCUUUUAAGCCAAUUAGAGUGCAUGAUAUCAAGUAUGCUGGUGUAGAUGUCUCUUCAAAACUGUCUACUUUACGAUCAGAACUUAUAGAAGCAAGUUGUACGGCUACUGUUAUAUCAAUGCUUGAUGAAGUUGCUUGGCUUUUAAACUUGAGAGGAAGUGAUGUUCCACAUUCACCUGUCUUCUAUUCAUAUUUGGUUGUGAGUUAUACUAGUGCCACCUUAUUUGUUGAUGCUAAUAAGGUUACUGAGGAAGUAUUGGUUCAUCUGUCAAAAGCUGGAGUACAAUUGAGACCAUAUGAAGCCAUUCUUUCUGAGAUAGAGAGUUUGUCUGACCAAGGGGCAAAACUUCUGUUGGAUCCAUCAACUGUAAAUGCCGCAAUUGUCAACCUAUUCAAUUCUGCUUCUAAUAGACAUCUACAUAGAUCUGAAAAUAAAGUUAAGGGAAACAUUGGUCGAGGAACUCAUCUUGAAAGUACAACACAAAAAGACGCACCGGUUCAGGUUAAUGGGCACAAUACUCUAUUUAAGAUUUCCCCCAUCUCUCUAUCCAAGGCCCUGAAAAAUGAAGCAGAAAUCAAGGGGAUGCGGAAUGCACAUCUGAGAGAUGCAGCUGCAUUAGCAGAAUUUUGGGCUUGGCUGGAAGAUGCAGUUCACAAGAAUAUGAAUCUAACAGAAGCGGAAGUUGCCCAAAAACUACUUGAAUUUCGCAGAAAGCAGUUUGGUUUUAUUGACACUAGCUUUGAGACUAUCAGCGGCUAUGGUGCAAAUGGAGCUAUUAUACAUUACCGCUCAAAUCCUGAUAGUUGCAGCAUUGUUGGUGACAAAAAUCUCUUCCUUUUAGAUAGCGGUGGUCAAUAUGUUGAUGGUACUACUGACAUUACACGAACGGUGCAUUUUGGUGAUCCUACGGCUAGGCAGAAGGAAUGCUUCACUAGAGUUUUACAGGGUCAUAUAGCUUUGGAUCAAGCAAUAUUCCCUGAACGUACUCCUGGUUUUGUGUUGGAUGUGCUUGCCCGAUCUUCUCUAUGGAAAAUUGGGCUUGACUAUCGACAUGGUACUGGACAUGGGGUAGGAGCUGCAUUAAAUGUCCAUGAAGGCCCGCAAAGUAUAAGCUUUCGAUAUGGAAAUAUGAUUGCUCUGCAGAUGGGUAUGAUUGUUAGUAAUGAACCUGGAUAUUACGAAGAUCAUUCCUUUGGCAUCCGAAUUGAGAAUCUUCUUCACGUUAAGGAGGAGAAGGUUCCCAAUAAUUUUGGAGGCAUUAGAUAUCUAGGAUUCGAAAGGCUUACAUUUGUGCCAAUCCAGAGUAAGCUAGUUGAUUGCUCAUUGCUGUCUUUUGCGGAGACCAAAUGGUAUAAUGAAUAUCAUUCAGAAGUUUGGGAAAAGGUUUCACCUCUAGUGGAAGGAGCUGCUCAAGAAUGGCUCUGGAAAAAUACUCGGCCCCUCCCCCUUCCACAGCAAUAAAUGUCCUCAUCAGGCAAAUCAUUUCUUCUGUUAUAGUCUGCAAGAUAAAAAAUAUGUUUAUAAGAACUGAAUGAUAACGAAGUCGAGCUAAUACGAGCAAUUAUACAAAUAUUGUCAGUAACGCUUAGAAAUACUGGAAACUAUUGUAAUAUAUGCAUGAAGACAUUUUUCCAGUUUGAUAGUGAAGGCUAACAAAGUGGUCUCAUUCUCAUUA